UCACGCGCCCGCCUCAGCGUAUUUUGCGUGAACUAUUUUCUGUAGUAGCAACACCAGCACUGAGCUUCUCCAGUGCCCGUCGUGAACAUAGAGACAAACACGAGCGAGAGAGGAGGGGUGAGGGACAAAUUCAUCUCGGGCCACGGCGGUGGCAGAACGCGAAGGCGCACGGGGCAUUGCACCAAAGAUUUGACGCGUAAAACCGCUCGGUAGCACCGGUGACAGUGUGAGAAUGGAUCUACCUGCCGUCGGUGAACACGUCUUCGCGGUGGAGGGCAUCGAGAAGAAGCGCCUGCGGAAGGGCAAAAUCGAGUAUCUGGUGAAGUGGCGAGGAUGGUCGGCCAAAUAUAACACAUGGGAACCCGAAGAGAACAUUCUUGAUCCGCGGCUUCUUGUCGCUUUCCAAAACAGAGAGAGACAAGAGCAGUUAGUGGGCUAUCGCAAAAGAGGACCCAAACCCAAGCACCUCCUCGUCCAGCUUCCGGCGUUUGCCCGCCGAUCCAGCAUACUGGGUGGUCUUCAGGACAUGUCGCUGGACGAGGAGAACCAUCCCAAGACGGACCUGCUCCAGAUCCAGCGAUCGCGGCCACAGCACUACCAGCUCAACAGUAAAAAACACCAUCAGUACCAACCCAGCUGCAAGGACGUCCCAACAGAACGGCACGUCAGUAGGAAAAAGAAACAAUUCUAUCAGCUCAACAGCAAAAAACAUCAUCAUUACCAGCCAGACCCGAAAAUGUACGACGCACCGUUCACGGGACCCAUAGAGGCCAAGGGUCAAGACCCUUCCAACAAAGGGUGGAACCUCCCUCCGGCCCUACAACAGAAGUGGAUACGGAACAAAGACACAGGCUGCCUGAGCAAAGUGAAAAAUCUGUCCGUUGAGCUUAAGGGACUGCCGAAUAACACUAACAAGGCAGAGCAGACACUCAAGACCAGUUCGAAAGCGCUUCCUAAUGGCAUCAGCAGUAAGAUGAAAAUCAUCAAGAAUAAAAACAAAAAUGGUCGAAUCGUCAUCGUGAUGAGCAAAUACAUGGAUUCCUCUAAAGUUAAAAACAGGGCGACUUCCGCCAUGGAAACAGCACAGUGCCAUGAGGACUCUACCAGGACAGACAAUCCGUCUGAUGGUGAAACAUCAGAUCAAGGAGAGGGCCAAAAGAGCGAUCGUGUUGAAAGUAUCAGCAAAGUUUCUUCUUCUGCUGAAAAGUCCCACAACAAGGACGAACUUUCAAAAGCCAAGCCUGUUGACUCUGGACAAAAAGUAGUCAAUCCGAUGGCAAUACGCAAUUUUCAAACACUGCAUCCAAACUCAUCGCCCAUGAUGGCGGAUAAAGCCCCAUCCCACAUAGACACCAAAGUCAAUCACCUAAAGAGGAACCUUUCGGAGCCCGGUGUGGACGUGAGAGAUCACAAGCAGUUCUUCAACUACAGAAGCAUCAGUGCUCCAAAUACGUUUCUCUCUUCGCCUCAAAGAGAACCCAUCAACUUGCAUUACAGCGGUUCCCAAACCAGCCAAGCUUACAGUUGCGAUUUCACCGAAGCCAUCCUGGAAGAGCCCAUUGACUUAAGUUGUGGUCCGACAAGAACUCCAAAACAGUUACCCACAGUUCAGUGUGCUGCCGAGAAAGCUACUGAAAGACCUGAAAAAGAGGACAACAGUUUUGAACCCUUUGUGGGGAAUGUUAUCAUUACAGAUAUCACCACAAAUUGUUUAACCGUGACCUUUAAGGAAUAUGUCCCCGGGGAGUAAGAGCAAGUGGAUUCUUAUUGGUUCAUGGAAUGAACCUACUGGAUUCAUUUGGAGAUGCACUAAUGCAUCAUGGUCAUUCCAUAAGAUAUAUUUACAUGUUUAUUUAACAAAUAAAACAUAUAAUGUACAUAUUAACAAACUAAUUCUAUGAAUGUAGGGUUUGUUUGUUUGGUUGUUAAUUAUGUGUUUUGUAAUGCAUACAAUUUAGAUUAUUGGCAAUGUGCUGAUGUUUCUUAAUUCGGCAAAGAAAUAAACCCCUGUAGUGUACGAAAGUGUGCAAAAUGCUUCAAGUUGUUAUGAAUUUGUUUCUAUCUAAAACAUCUGGCUAAUGCAUAGAGCACACUAGUGAAAUUGAGGAACUGAAUCUUAAUGUUAAAUGCACUUACCCACUCUUUUCUAUGUCCACGAAUACGAUUGUUGGGUAGAAUGAGUUAAAUGCACAUUAUGAAUUUGAAACAAUUCCGUCGUCACCUGUAACCACAAAAUGGUUAGCGAUUUAAGAGACCUAAAUCUUAAACUGCCCUGUGAUCAUUAAUGUAAAUGAAUGUACCUAAAAAGUAUUUUUGGAAAUUUGUCUAACAGAUCUUGCAUUGCUUUUGGAUUAUGAAAUAUUUUACUUGACUGGAUUUUCUGAUGUUGUCGACCUGUGAGGUCUUGUGCAAUGCGAGAUAAACAACUGGAUUGUUUCAUGUGCUCUACCCUUAAGAUGUUUGAGUUGCACUUUAUAAUCUCCUGGAUAUCUUUUGUAGAUCAAUAAAGGCGACAUCUAACCUUCAUGCGGAACAUUUUAUGACUGCAGUCUGACUACAGUCAUAGAUAAUCAUAACGUUUCAUGUAUAUUCUAUAAAUGAGCGUGUAGGAUUGAUGCUUAUAGGUUAUGUAUUGUAGUCUAAAGUCAAUUUUACUGUCAAUGCAAUGAAGCUGCCCCCUGAGAUGCCUAUACAGAUUACACCAUAAUGCUGUCAAUAUCAGGGGUAUUUUAUAUGCAUGUCAUUUUAUACACAGGAAACAUUGAAUUGAAAGUGCUUCUUAAAUCCAUUUGAAAUCUCCUCAACAAUAAAAAAUAAAAUAUG